AUGGCCAAAGCCGACGACAAAUUCACCAUGGAUGCCACCGUGCUUGACGCGUUGCCCAACGCGAUGUUCAAGGUCAAGCUCGACAACGAUCACGAGAUCCUCGCCUACGUCUGCGGCAAAAUGCGCAAGCACCGCAUCCGUAUCCUUCCAGGUGACCGCGUCUCCGUCGAACUCAGCCCGUACGAUCUCACCAAGGCCCGUGUGACCUACCGCUACUGA